AUGAUGAGAGAUGGCGCGAACGACUCGCAAUGCUUCGACCAUCCAAACAUACGAAAUGACAUACAAGAACUCAUCCGUCAAACGCUCAAUGUCAUCCGGUCGCUUGUCAACAAUGAACAAGAGCCACCAUCUUCCCUUCUCAAGCUCAACCUUUUGGCCGACAAGGAAAGCGGCUGGCUUUUGAUCGUGAAAAGCCUGGUAGAAGUUGUCCCUGAUGAGGAUCCGCUUGGCCCGGCCGUCAUCACCCUCUUUUUAGAUGAAAGCCCGUUGCCAACGAAGGAUGCUGUUAACAAAUUAUUGCAACGGAUGGCACUGAAUUCACGUGAAACCCUGUCGCAACCACCGUUUUGGCACCGGAAUGCUUGCAUCGUGUUGGGAAGUUUGGCCGAAAAAAUGGCUGGUGCGGCCAGUGUUGCCUUCUGCACACCCACCGUCCUGCAAUAUUUCAUCAACAAUCUGCACCCUUCCAACUCGAAGCAAGUGAUCCUCUACUCCUUGAUUGCCCUCGAAAAAUUCGCGCAAACAACGGAAAAUCGGCACAUUAUUUUGAAGGCGUUGGAGCAGAAAAAGCAGCAUCCCCUCGAGUUCUUGGAAUGCUGGCUUCACGAUAAAAGCUAUGCGAAAGAUUGGUUAGCCCAGCAGGUCGCCUUCUGUGCGCAAUGGAGUUUGGACAAUAUUUUUGUUCGUCCGGGUCGUGAAUAUUCUUACAAGGGCGUCGACGUGUCGGCGAUCAAUGCUAUGCUGAACCACGAGGAUGUCAGCGAAUAUUUGAAGAUCUCCCCGAACGGCUUGGAGGCCCGUUGUGACGUAUCUUCUUUCGAGUCCGUCAGAUGUACAUUUGAAGUUACGGAAGGCAUUUGGUAUUACGAAGCGCAAGUGUUGACUCCGGGUGUGAUGCAAAUCGGGUUUGCCACCAAGAAGAGUCGGUUCCUAAACCAUGAGGGCUAUGGGAUCGGCGACGACGAGAAUUCGGUCGCAUACGAUGGAUGCCGACAGUUGUUGUGGCACAAUGCCAACAGCAGCCGGCACGAUCAUUCUGCAUGGAAGCCGGGAGACAUCGUCGGUUGCCUUCUAAACGUGCCCAAGGAGCAGAUCAUCUUCUACCUGAACGGAAAACCGUUGACGAGGCCACACACCGCUUUUUUCGACAAUGUCAACCCGGAUGAUGGCAUCUUUGCUGCCGCCUCCUUCAUGUCCUUCCAGCAGUGUCGUUUCAAUUUUGGAAAUCGUCCAUUUGUACAUGCGCCCAAGGGAUUCGCUUUCGGGACCUUCAACCAGGGCGGAGCUAAAUUGUCCGAACGUCAACGUACGAUACUGCCGCGGCGCUGUCGCCUGGAGAUCAUCCAAAAAGAGACGAUCCCAGAUGAUUACUGCAACAUUUGCUUCGCCAACCCGGUGGACACCAUUUUGGAGCCGUGUCAGCAUGGGGAUCUAUGCUCAACCUGCGCCCUCCAGCUCGAAACUUGCCCAAUUUGCCGGUGCCAAAUCGAUCAGCGGAGUUUAUCAACCAAAGAAUCCCCUCCAUCCAGCGACAAACCCAGCCGAUUGUCGACGAUUGUA